UAGUUUUUCUUCCAGUGUGCAACCAUCAUUUCGGCGUUGUUUUGUUUACAUCUUCCAAAUGUGAGGAAAGGAAAUUUUGAAGGCUUUGAAUCGUUUGAUAUACAGUUUGUUCUUGUUCCUGAUUAUGGAAACCAAAAAAGUAAGUUUUGGUUUCAGCAAAGUCACCAAGAAGACCAGCUUGCAAGGCGGACCAGCGGCAUUGGCCGGUCGGGCUUACGGUCGGAAUGAGGAGGAAAAGAUUGAAAUUAUUGCAUGCCUGGAAGGGCAAUCCAUUAAGAUUGUGGGGAAAGAGAAUGGAAGUGACGAGCAACUGCCCCUGGUGAUUCCAUUGCGAGAUCAGGACAAAACCACAGUUCCCUCGCGGUUAGCAAAAUUGAAAGAAAUCCAGGAGGACAAAAAUAAACAGCAAACAACUGAAACAACUGCCGCACUGAAAGUAGAGACUCUGGAGCAAAAAGCGGCUCGGGAGAUUUUGGAAGACCUGAAGGGUCAGCAGGAGCUUGCAGACGCGAAGGAUAAUCUCGUGGUUGCGCUAAAGCCGGAAGAUUUGCCCCUUGAAGGGGCCGUGGAAUCUACGAUGGAUGAUUAUGAGUCGAUGCCGAUACAAAAGUUUGGCAUGGCUUUGCUACGUGGGAUGGGCUGGAAGGAAGAUCCGAAUGCUCCGAAAAAAGAUGACAAACUACCAGAUGGUCCUGUGCUGCGGCCCAAAGGCAUGGGACUUGGCGCUGAGCGUGUGCCGAAAGAUAAAACGAAGCUGCUGAUUCCCCCUGCCAAGGAUGAAGCUCUGGUGAUGCAGAAAGGGGCCUUCGUGAAAGUGCUCGCUGGCAAGCACAAGGAUUGCUAUGGGACUGUUGAAACCUUGGAUGAGGAAACCGGCCGCGUGCUAGUUCGCUUGACACUUAAAGCUAAUCAGGAGUUCCUGAUGGAAUAUCUUCUUCAGCUUGUUUCGAAAGCUGAAUACAAACAGUACUCUAAUGUGUUGAAUAACGCAAAAUACAACGAAUACCUAAAUCGUGCAGCAGCUGGCGAAUCAACGACUGUCAAAGAAGAAAAACCAGACGUUAGAAAAAUAAAACGAGAACCGUCCGAUUCGCCACCACCUGCCAGAUACCAAUUCUCUCGAUCGGAUCGCCAGGUCAAGAGCGAGCGAAGGGUGCACAAAGAUACCCGAUCCCCCUCCCGUUCGGAUCGUCACAGUCGAAAGGACAGAAACGACCGUCACAGCUCCCCUUCACCUCCACGAGUAAAACGUCACGAUCGAGCAGCGGUUGAUGGAAAAUCCAACCGAACUGAGCGCACGGAUCGCGAUACACGUCGGGAUGCGGAACGAGACGGGAAGAGACGAGAGGAAAAGCACAGUAGUAGCAGGCGUCACAGGCGUGACGAUGUUAGCAGCAGCAGCAGUGACGAUUCGGAGUCCGAGUCCGAUGACCGUGGCCGGAGUCGGCACCAGCACAAAUCAUCUUCCUAUGUAAGGACAUCUUCGGGAACGAAGAAAAAAUCUCACAAAUAUAAACAACGCCGGGAUCACUCCCGGGACAGAGUGGCUCAUUCGUCCGACGAGGACGAUCGGCGCCAUAAGAAGAAAACAAAGAGGAGCAAGAAGCAGCGCAGCCGAUCACGCAGCAGACGGUAGUGAAACGAUUUUGUUACAAUCAUCGAUGGGUAUCAAAUAAAGAAAGCACACAUUGCAAAACGACGAAAA